GCCAUGGGUUUUGGAGACCUGAAAAGCCCCGCUGGCCUCCAGGUGCUCAAUGACUACCUAGCGGACAAGAGCUACAUCGAGGGGUAUGUGCCGUCACAAGCAGAUGUGGCAGUAUUUGAAGCAGUCUCCGUCCCCCCACCUGCCGACUUGUAUCAUGCCCUCCGUUGGUAUAAUCACAUCAAGUCUAAUGAAAAGGAAAAGGCCAGCCUUCCAGGAGUGAAGAAAGCUUUGGGCAAGUAUGACCCUGCUAAUGUGGAAGACACCACAGGAAGUGGAGCUACAGAUAGUGAAGAUGAUGAUGACAUUGAUCUCUUUGGAUCUGAUGAUGAGGAGGAAAGUGAAGAAAUGAAGAGGCUAAGAGAGCAAUGCCUUGCACAGUAUGAGUCAAAGAAAGCCAAAAAACCUGCACUUGUUGCCAAGUCUUCCAUAUUACUAGAUGUGAAACCUUGGGACGAUGAGACAGAUAGGGCAAAACUAGAGGAGUGCGACCAAAGCAUUCAGGCAGAUGGCUUGGUCUGGGGCUCUUCUAAACUAGUUGCAGGGGGAUAUGGAAUUAAAAAACUUCAAAUACAGUGUAUAGUGGAAGAUGAUAAAGUUGGAACAGAUAUGCUGGAGGAGCAGAUCACUGCUUUUGAGGACUAUGUGCAGUCCAUGGACGUGGCUGCUUUUAAUAAGAUCUAAAAUCUACAUCGUAGAUCAUUGCCCUUAAAUAAAAGCUUAAAAGACA